GAGGUCAGCGUGGAUGAGAUCAUGCAGUGCUUUCAAGCCUUCCUCGCGGCGAAGAAAGACCGCGACCUCACUGCUCUCUUAGAACGGGCGCUGCAAGUCAGCUGGAAGUCGGCGCCAUCCACAGCCCUUCCCGCCUUUGUGGAAGGCUACGAGCUCUUCGCCAACGUCUUGCAGCGAUGCGGGCCUGUGCUCAGCAACCAGAAGACCCUGCUGGCCUUGGUCUCCUUGCACGACGACAAGCCCUGCAACUUCACCCGCCAGCCCAUGCGGGCAUGGGCAGACCUGGUGAGCGCCAGCGUCCGCGCCUGCCUGGCCAAGCUCCGCGAGCGCGCCUACGACCCCACCUUGCAAGAAAGGACGCUGCGGAAGGCCACAGUGCAGCAGGCGUCUGCCUUGCAGGGCCUGGCCGCCAUGGUUCGCCGCUGGGAUGACAAAGGGCCGACCUCGUCGGCCUUGCCGCUCGCCCUGGCGGCGCAGGUGCUCGCGCCAGCGGCGGGCGCAGAU